AUGGUUACUUUCAUAUUGUUCAUAGGAAGUGGAGAUCCCUCCACCUUUCAAAAGGUUAAGUAUGGAAAUGAUGAUGACAAGUGGAUGUUGGCCAUGGCAAAUGAGAUGGAAUCUCUACUGGUGCUAGUGGCUAUGAUAGCAGAAUUUAAUUUAAAAUUGGAGCAAGCUCGAUGUGAAGAUGAUAUUCCUUCAUGGGAACUUAGAGGAAGCUAUUUACAUGAAGCAAGUAGAAUGGUUAAAGGAACUUGGGUGCUUGAGGAUAUGUCCUACAUUCUACUGAUACUACAUGAUGAUGACAUGCUGAUUGCUGCGAAGGACAAGAACGGGAUACUCUUGCUUAAGUGUAUGUUAAGCAAGGAGUUUGAUAUAAAGGAUCUGGGCACUACAAAUAAGAUCAUAGGUACGAAGAUUCAUAGAGAUAGAGAGUCUGAGAAGUUGUGGCUGUCUCAAAGGGGAUAUGUGCAAAAGAGCUUCUACACUCGUGCAGCAUUCGUCAAUGCCGUCGGAUCUUAUCCUGGAUUUGGCACGACCGGGACAUCGGACGACUCUAAGCGCGAGAUCGCUGCGUUCUUCGCACACAUCACCCUUGAAACCGGAUUUCUUUGCAAAAUAGGAGAAGAGGGUGGUGCAUCGAGGGACUGCUGCGACGAAACAAACACUCAGGCCUACUACGGGCGUGGUCCGAUCCAACUCUCCUGGAACUACAACUACGGUGCCGCUGGAAAAAGUAUUGGAUUCGACGGUCUAAAUGCUCCGGAAACCGUAGCCAGAGACGUGACAGUGUCUUUCAAGACGGCCUUGUGGUACUGGACGAACAAUGUCCACCACAUCAUAACUUCAGGCCGAGGCUUUGGGGCUACCAUUAGAGCGAUCAACGGUGCGAUCGAGUGCGAUGGGAAGCGUCCCGAUCUAGUGAAAGCACGCGUGACCUACUACAGAAACUACUGUAGCCAGUUGGGUGUGUCACCAGGUGACAAUCUCACUUGCUAA